AUGACGGCGGUCUUUCUACAUGAAAUCUUGCACAAGGUCGUGCUGCGGCCGCUGCCGCACAAGGUCGUCUGGAAUUGGUGCCAAGACAUUUUGAGCUUGUACUACCAAGCGAGUCCCCACGAGCUGUGGAGCGACUGCGCUCCGUUCGAUACCACCAGCAGCAGCAACAACAACAAGAGUACAAGCGGCGUCUUUGACUACUUUCGCUCGGGCAUUCGCCUCUGGUGUGUGCUCCACUACUACGGCGCACGGCGGCGCCGCGACGACGACGAGUGCGAUGAUAUUUUUCAAGCCGACAGAAUGUUCAUGGCACCGACGACACCAUCCCAGCAGCUCUCGAACGCCCAGCGCGUCUGCGCGAUUCUAUCGGCGAUGCAGAUCCCGCUGCUCUGGGAACCCGACUGGUUUGUGUCGCACAAGAGCGACGGCUUCAUGCAGCUGCAACUGCACUACAUGUACCAAGCCCUCCAUCAGUCGGAGCCAGCAUUGACCAACGACAUGACCGAGCCCGUGUACCUCGACGUGAGUGGCGAUGGCCGUGUGGGCGUGCACGGCCUCAUCUUUGCCGACGGCGAGUGCAAGGAGCCUGAAAACACAUGGAGAGCGUCGGCAACGGAUGCUGCUGCCAGCGACGACGAUGGGUCGAUCGACGACGACCCAAGAAGCCUCGAAGAGACGACGUUGGUGCAGGACGAGUCAGGCCCGCCGAGCACUUUGGAGCAGCCGUGGGGCGGCAACCAGCGUCUGGAGCCCACGUGGCUGCCAGAGCCGUCCAUUGUCGUGCCGUCAACGCCGGCGCUCGACGAGUAUGCGCAAGUGAAGGAGCGCAUUGCGCUCGAGGAGCUCUCUCGCAUGGAGGUGGAAGAGGCCUUUUGCAUCGUUCGCUAGGGCGACGGCGGAGCGAGACACAGUUGCUGGCUUACACAGUAUUACUAAAGUUUCUAUACCGU